AACCAUUAGGUGUUCAACCCCGGAGCCAUGCGUUAUACAAAAAGCUUCUAAAAAAAGAUAAACAUCAAACUGCCAGCAAAAAUAUAUACAAAAAUUUACAAUUAGAUUGUGAAGGAAAUCUAUCAAUUAAUUCAAAUGACAAUCACAAGCAAAUGAACUCUAUCUUCUCGAAACCAAACAUAGAUUCAAAGUUCCGUCUUCUAAUUUUCUCCAAACUAAGACAUAGCAUCACUUGCGAGAACUGUCACGUACCCCAUGACUGGGUUACCAAACCAGCAGAAAUGGUAUAAUACGUUGGAGUCUGGUGGUACUGUAACUAAAAGUGUUUAUUAGUAAAUGAGUAAUAUAGUACCAUAAAAUGCAAAUAUAUAUAUAUAAAACUGGUUAGCAAUGUUAUAUACAGAAAUUACAAUGGUAUAUACUGUGUAGAAAUUGGAAUCAAAACCAAGCUCUAUCGAAGUCGAGGGGUGAAUGAAUAGCAGUUAUAUACAGGCCUCCCCAUGGUAUCUCAAUGUAUCUCAACAGUGGCUGGGAGAUGGACCACAGGUUACAACAGGAAAUAGAAAGGUGAGUCAAAAGGACAACGUUACGAUAGUCAUGAGAGAUUUUAACAUGCAGGUCGAUUGGGAAAAUCAGGUUGGUAAUGGCUCUUAAGAGAGUGAGCUUGCCUAAGAGAUGGCUUUUUAGAGCAAUUUGUCAUUGAUCCUACUAGGGGAUCAGCUAUACUGGAUUGGGUGUUCUGUAACGAACCGGAGGUGAUUAGGAAGCUUCAGGUAAAAGAACCCUAAGGAACCAAUAAUCACAACUUGAAAUUUGAAAGGGAGAAAGUAAAGUCUGAUGUAGCAGAAUUUCAGUGGAGUAAGGGAAAUCACAGUGGUAUGAGAGAGGAGUUGGCCAAAGUAAAUUGGAAGGAGCUGCUGGCAGGGAUGUCAGCAGAGCAGCAAUGGUGUGUGUUUCUGGGAAAAAUGAGAAAAUUAGAGAACAUGUGUAUUCCAAAAUUGAAGAAAUACUCAAAGCUGAAAGUCCUAAAGGUACAUAAGUCACCCAACCAGAUGAACUGCACCCGAGGGUUCUGAAAGAGGUAGCAUUAGAGAUUGUGGUGGCAUUAGAAAUGAUCAUUCAAAAGUCAUUGGACUCUAGCAUGGUGCCAGAAGACUGGAAAAUUGCAAAUGUCACUGCACUCUUUAAGAAAGGAGGAAGGUAACAGAAAGGAAACUAUAGACCAGAUAGCCUGACCUCAGAGCAUUCUAACUGGCUACAUCACUGUCUGGUAUGUGGGGUGGGGAUUUACACAGGUUCAAAAUACACUGCAGAGAGUAGUAAACUCUGUCAGAUCCACCAUGGGCACCAACCUCCCCAGCAUCCAGGACAUCUUCACACAGCCAAGCCUCAGAAACUUAGCUUCUACAUUAAGGACCCCCAUCACUCAGGACAUACCCUCUUCUCACUGCUACCACCAGGAAGGAGGUACAAGAGACUGACAGCACACACUCCGUGAUUCAGGAACAGACUCUUCCCCUCUGCCAUCAGAUUUCCAAAUGGACGUGAAUGAACAAGGAUUGAACCCAUGAACAAUAUUUGAAUUUAAAUUUUUUAUAUAUACUUUUUCCAUAAUGUGCAGAUUUUAUUAUUCUGUAUUUCAAUGUUCUGCAAUAAAUUCCACGACAUAUGCCUGUGAUAUUAAACCUGAUUCUGACACUGACACUAUAUAUCAAAAUGUAAAACAUUACCCCAUGUGUGCCGGCUGAAUUCAGCAUUUUCUAUGUAAAACAUUACCCCAUGUGUGCCGGCUGAAUUCAGCAUUUUCUGUGUAAAACAUUACCCCAUGUGUGCCAGCUGAAUUCAGCAUUUUCUAUGUAAAACAUUACCCCAUGUGUGCCGGCUGAAUUCAGCAUUUUCUAUGUAACUAUAUCUUGGAUUUCAGGUCACCGUUGUUGCCGAGUCUCCAGUUCCUGCUGCAGUCAUGAGUGAGGUCAGGCAACUGGCGACUGUGGGCCGUCCUUUCCAGUUGGGAAUGCUGUACGACUGCCGGUCAGACACUCUGAUCCCAGGUACUGGAAUACAAUCAUAUCAAUCAGUAGAGGGCAAUACAGGGCAGUUGAUUCAGGUUACCAAUCUCAGGAUAGUCACCAGACUCUCUGGUUAUGUAAAGGAAUACGGGUAGUCUGGGGAAAACAUCCUGAAUUGUGGCAUGGCCGAUCUCAACAUCAUUCAGAACCGCUUGACAAAAACGGAUUGGUAACAGCCACUUGCAGGUAAGUCUCCAUCUGACAAGUCUCCACUAGGCAAGGAGGUGAGGAGUGAUGUAGAUGAGGAAGGGAACAUGUCAGACAGGGACCAGGCAAUGGUUUAAUGUGGCAGUUAGACAGCUUGUGGCCUUGUGUUACGUGUCACUCAUAAGGUCCAUGUGCUCCAUGCAGUUGAACCUCAUCAGCAGCGGAUAGCAAUUCCACAGAGACUUUUCCCUGAGAACACCCAUCCUCAAUUGCUGUGAAAUGAUAUUCUUUCUCCCAUAAGGCUAGCAGUGGGGAUAUUCACUGAUAAUGUGCAUUGUUCAAAUCCAUUGCAACUGCGCAGCCUACAGACAGACCAUGUCUACACACAGCAAGACCUGGACAACGUUCAGGCACAAGCUGAUGUUGCCAAUGACAUUCCCGCCACAGAAGGAGGUAUUUGGUAAGUCCAAACAUCUCGUGAAUUGCUCCUUUGGAAAACCUGGCAUAAACCACACCAUGAAGACAAUUAUGGUUUUGGGAGCAAAACGGUCAGGAAAGACCACCCUUAUCAAUGGGAUGAUCAAUUACAUAUUGGGUGUGGAAUGGGGUGACAACUUCAGAUACAUGUUAAUACAGGAAGAGACAUUUUUCACUUCCCCACAGGGGAUUGAUCAGAUUGAUGCUGUCUGUUUUGUUACUCAAGCAUCUUUGCCUCGCCUGAGUCAGACACAGAAAUAUGUCUUUGAUUCAAUUCUUUCUAUUUUUGGCAAAGAUAUUUCAGAAAACAUUCAGAUUCUGGUGACUUUUGCAGAUGGAAACCCCCCCCCCCCCGUUCUGGAGGCUUUGAAAGUAGCUGAGGUACCAUAUCCCAAAGAUAAAAAUGGGGUGUCAGUUCACUUCACAUUUAACAAUUCUGUCAUAAUUGCCCAGUGUCCAUCCUCUGGAAAUGCUACCAACAAGGGAUUGGAUGACAGCGGGGAAGAGGAAAACGAUGAUAACUUUGAUGCGAUGUUCUGGAAGAUGGGAAUUAACAGUAUGAAGAAAUUCUUUAGAGCCCUCGACACAAUGGCACCAAGAAGUUUAGUUUUGACCAAAAGGUUUUGAGGGAAUGUAAGCAGUUGGAAGCUGCAGUGAAGGGAUUGCAGGAUCAGAUCCAAGUCGGGAUGACCAAACUGGAGGAACUCAAGAAAACAAAACAGGUUCUGGAGCAGCAUCAGAUCAAGCUGGAUGAAAAUAAAGGCUAUGAGUUUGAAGUUGAUGUCACAUAUACAGGUCCUUCUUGGGUCUUAUGAUUCAACAGUAAAAAUCUGUAGGAAAUGUAAAUUUACUUGCCACGAAUCCUGUAUUUACACUGUGUAUAUUUCUAAAUAUUGGUGUGCAGCAAUGGAUAUUUGGGGAAAUUACAAAGUCUGUCCUGGCAACUGUGCCACGCGUCAUCACUCAAGGGAAAAGUACAAGUAUGUCCAUGUAACAAGAGAGGAGAAGAGGACACUGGGUGAUGUAAAAGAAAAGUAUGAGAAAGCCUAUGGUGAGAAGAUGACACAGGAGAAGAUCAUGGAGAAGCUUCAGCAGGAGUUUGAGGGGGUUCAGAAUUCAGUGCUGGAGUUGAUUAUCCAAUUAUCAGAGAGCAUUAGAAGACUUGAAGAAAUAGCACUGAGACCAAACCCGUUAUCCACGCCAGCUUACAUUGACCUCCUGAUUCAGUCUGAGAAAGACGAAGGAAAACCAGGGCACCUGGACCGAAUUCAGUCUCUGACGAUGGUCAAGAAAUAGGCGGAGUUAUUGGAGGAGUUCAUCAACAAUAAGCAGUUAUCAGGGGAUAAGAAGCAAAGUCCAGUGAUAAGAAAGAAAGAUGUUCAAGCAUUCUACAAAAACAAAUUUUUUGAAUUUUCUGACUGGCUGGUUGUUCACCUCCAUUCUCCUCCCCCAUCUUCCCUCAGAGUUUGACAGUACAUCUUCCAUCCUCAUGCUGACCUCCUUUAACAGAUGGGUGGGGCACUCACAUUCAGUCAUCACCAAUGGCUCUUCACCCCAAUCCUGGCCCAGAGAACCUAUCGCCAUCACAACCUUUUCUCCAUUUGUGUCCCUUCCGUUAGAAACCAGUCGGAAACACAGACGUCAUUUCCUUUGUCUCAGACUGUCCCCAACUCGUCCCUCAGUCCCCACUCUCUCUGUCCUGUUGGAUGACACAUUACUCCACCAUGUUGGAUGAAGUGAAACUUCCUCCCAGCUCAUGGUUUUGUCCCGGCCCCUGUCAGAAUCCGGCCCAUGGGAUGGUGGGAGGGCUGGAUGGCUUCCAUGAAAUUUAAAGCAAAAAAAGACAAAAUCGGGAAAGAAAGGGCAAUAUUUUCCAUCUAUUGUUACAGAAGGUAUGAGCAGUUCAGCUCACUGUCACGAUGCUGGCUUUCAAAUCAACCCAUUUCCCUAAUAUUCCCUGACAUCUACUCCCAGUCAAAUGCCAACCCACCCACUCAGUCUCCUGUAAAGGAAAGUGAGUAAAAUUGCAGAUGUUGAAAUAUAAAAUUAAAACAGAAAAUGUUGGACCCACUCAGAGGGUCAGGUGACAUCUGGUGAGAGCAAAACAGUUAAUGUUUCAGAUCCGUGACCUUUGUCGGAAACUUCAGAGGCAUUUGUUUGGAAUAUCUCAACAUUAGAGCAAAUGAAACACAGAUGGUUCCUUCACAGAUGCUGCCUGACCAGCUGAGUUCUUCCAGCACUUCUAUUUACACUAAUUCUCCCAUCAAUCACUGGGUAUGGGGUGAGGGGGAAGAGACUGGGAAGAUUUACAAUAACCAAUUUACCUCCUGACUGUAAUAUAAUCUAAAGGCAUAAGGUUCAGAAGCACAAGCAUUUGGGUAUAGAAGCUUCAGGAAUUGGAACUGGUAGAUCCAGUUUUACUGAAGGCUCAGAAUAAAUCUUGAUGCAAAAACCUGCAGAUGCUGAGAAUCUGAAACAAAGAGAUAUUGAAACAAUUCACACCAGAAAGACGAUACUGUGGCGACCCACUUCCUAGCGCACUCGAACCGCCUCACAAAUAGCCAGCACGCCGGCAUUAAGGCCAAUCCCAAAAGGGCGCCAGGUCUGCUUCACCAGCAAGGGGAACAGCCCACGCGGGACUGUGAAUACGUGCCCCCUACAGCAUCCGCGCCCGGGGAGGGCGGGAUCAGGAAGGCUUUAAAGCGAGGCCGCUAAGUUCGAAUAAAAUCUUUUUGUAACUGCAGUUCACCGACUCCGUGUCGUUAUUUCAGCGCUGCGGGUAGCACACCGCUAUAAUUGGUGACCCCGACGGUUCAAACAAUAUUUGGGCCGAAGAUGACCGACGCUGCAUCUGUUCAUGCGGUUUUGUUGAAACUGCCAAGCUUCUGGAUGCUGCGACCUCACCUAUGGUUCCAGCAAGCAGAAGCCCAAUUCCACAUUCGGCAGAUAACCUCGAUGGACACACGUUACUACUACGUGGUGAGCUCCCUCGGCCAGGAGACAGCGGGUCAGGUUGAGGAGUUCAUACAGUCGCCCCCAGAGGACGGCAAAUACACGGAAUUCAAAGCCCUGCUCAUAAGGACUUUCAGACUCUCACGGCGCAAGUGAGCUGCCCGCUUACUGCACCAGGAUGGUUUGGGGGACAGGCCACUGUCGGCUUUGAUGAACGAGAUGUUGUCCCUGGCCGAAGGACACAAGCCCUGCCUCAUGUUUGAGCAGGCAUUCCUGGAGCAGCUGCCCGAGGACAUACGCCUGCUGCUGUCCGAUGCGGAUUUCAGUGACCCCCGGAAGGUAGCAGCCCGGGGCGGACUUGCUGUAGAACGCCAAGAAGGAGAGCAGGGCAUCCGUAGCACAGAUCACCCGGCCACGCUCCCAGCAGAAAAGCAGUCCAGGCCCGGCCGCAGAGCCCACUAGCCCCAGAGGCAGGAGUGAGGAGACCAAUGAACACUGGUACUUCUACCACCAGCGGUGGGGCGCAGAAGCCCGCCGUUGUUGCCCGCCCUGCAAGUUCCCGGGAAACGCCAGGGCCAGCCGCCGCUGAUGGCUAUGGCGGUUGGCCAUCGGAAUAACCUCCUGUAUGUGUGGGACAAGCGGUCGGGAUGCCAUUUUUUGGUCGACACCGGUGCCGAGAUCAGCGUUUUACCUCCGACAAGUUACGACACCCGCAGCAGGGCACCAGGUCUCCCCCCCGAGGGCCGUGAAUGGCAGCACAGUAAGGACCUACGGCACCCGUCCGGUGCAGCUAUAGUUCGGCUCCAGCCAGUUCACGUGGGACUUCACACUGGCCGCCGUAGCCCAACCGCUCCUGGGAGCGGAUUUCUUGUGAGCUCACAGCCUACUGGUCGACCUGCCCAGGAAGAGACUGGUCCACGCCGAGAUCUUUCAGACGUUCUCCCUGGGAGAAGCCCAGUUGCCAGCCCCUCACCUCGGCUCCAUCACGCUGUCCGACAACAACUUCACCAGGGUCCUGGCGGAUUUCCCAUCGGUUCUGGCACCGCAGUUCACGGCAGCCAUGCCC